AUGACUGAAAUAGCAAAUCUUCUACAGGUUCCAUUAAAACAAGGAACAAACAAAAAGGGUGCAUAUAAUAGAACUAUGAAAGUUCCUGAUGGAAUGAAAGAAUUAGUUCAUAUUGUUGCUGGUCUUCAAAAAGAUGUUAAACAAAUGAGAAACGUUUUAACAUUACCAGAAGCUCAAGCAUAUGCCAAACGUCAUGGUCCAAAUUGGGAAGCACACGAAGCAGACAUUACGGGUCCAAAUGGAAAACCUGAUGGUAUAAAUGAAGUUUUCGUUACUGAUGGUCAAGGUAAUAUUAAAGUCAUAAAUGGUUAUAAAUUAACUAUAACUGAUUAUCCUAAACGUAAAGCAUAUAAUGAACGUUAUCCUAUGCAAUUUGAUGAAAAUGGAAAAGCUGUUAAACAAUACAUUGGAGAAGGUGAAAAUGGUCCAAUUAAUUCAUACCGUCAUAAUCCAUAUUCUUAUUUCAAUGAAGAAUUAAAUGCUAUUGAAGAGGGACCGGAUGGAUUACCACGAUAUUCUAACCA